UGCAAGCAACAGAACAAGUCCGUUGCGCGUAAUGUCGUUCGGAGUCAGGGAAACACCGCAGGAUAGAGUGGGGACCUUGCAUAAAAGUUAGCGUAUCAGCCUAUUCGACAUCACUUGGCGAGAGUUUGCCAACCAAGUGUAUAUCUCGAUUGUACAUGAAAUCAUCGGUAUUUGGUUAGGCUCGUGAAAGUUGCUCCUUAAUCGUCGAUUGUUCCUUAUUGAUUCGUCGUACUUCAACCAACUCUGAAGGAAAUGCUGUGCCCAUUGCUGGUCGCAGCCCUUGUAACGCUCGCGUUCGGAAAUCCCACACCUCAGGAUAAUGGAUCCAACGCUACAAAAUCAUCCGACGAGCAAUUGGAUUUAGCUAAUGAAUUCCUGGAACGGGUAGAUAAAACAUACGCGGAAUGGAAUAACAAGCAAACAUUGGCAGAUUGGGAAUAUGCGUCGAACUUGACCCAAGAAAACUUGGCGAAAAAGUUGAAUGUGUCCUCCGAAGCGGCACGAGUCACUAAAUCUAUCUGGCAGGAUGUGAUCAAGUUCCCUUGGAGGGGUCUCAAGGAUGAAAACACCAAAAGACUAUUCUCGAAACUCAGCGUACUGGGCACCGCAGCACUUCCUGAAGAUUUGUUCCAAGAGUACGAAAAAAUUAUAAGUGACAUGGAAAACAUAUACGCCACCGCGAAAAUCUGUGAUUAUACAAAUCGAACCAAAUGUGAUCUCGCUCUCGAGCCAGAACUUACGGAAAUUUUAAUGAAAAGCCGUGACCCCGAAGUACUGAAAUAUGUUUGGGUAGAAUGGAGAAAAGCAACCGGUGAAAAAAUCAAAUCAUUGUACACAAGAUAUGUAGAAUUGAGUAAUAUGGCUGCUACGUUGAAUAAUUUCACUGACAACGCAGCCUACUGGAUGAAAGAUUAUGAAGCUGAUGACUUCCCUGAGCAAAUUGAUGUACUCUGGGAACAAUUGAAACCCCUCUAUUUGCAAAUACAUGCGUACGUUCGACGAGAACUUCGCAAAAAGUAUGGAGAAGACGUCGUUUCAAAGGAUGGUCCUAUUCCAGCACAUUUAUUAGGCAAUAUGUGGGCACAAGCUUGGAGUAAUAUCGCAGAUUUUACAAUUCCUUAUCCAGGAAAACAACUGCCAGAUGUCACUAACGCCAUGAUCAAUCAAGGAUACAAUGCCACAACGAUCUUCCGUGUUGCUGAAGAUUUCUUCACCUCGAUAAACCUUACCGCAAUGCCGGACUUGUUCUGGGAACGCUCAAUUUUGGAGAAACCGAAAGAUCGUGAACUGAUCUGCCAUGCGAGCGCUUGGGACUUUUACGACGGCAAAGAUUUCAGGAUCAAACAGUGUACACGGAUCAAUAUGGAAGAUCUCUUGACCGCACACCAUGAGAUGGGUCACAUAGAAUAUUACUUACAAUACAAAAAUCAACCUACCGUUUUCAAGGAGGGUGCGAAUCCUGGAUUCCACGAGGCUGUCGGUGAUGUCAUAGCACUCAGUGCAUCAACCCCAAGUCACCUGAAAAAGAUCAAUUUAUUAGAUGAUGAUUCGACUGACAGAGAAGCCAACAUCAAUCACCUAUAUCUCAAAGGACUAGAUAAAAUAGUCUUUUUACCAUUUGCAUAUAUGAUGGACAAAUGGCGUUGGAACGUAUUCCAAGGAAAAGUUACUCCAGAUAACUACAAUUGUAACUGGUGGGAUCUUGCAGAAGCUUUCCAAGGUAUCGAACCACCAGUAGAUCGAUCAGAAGACGACUUUGAUCCCGGUGCGAAGUAUCAUAUAAUAGCAGAUGUAGAAUACAUAAGGUAUUACGUUAGUUUCGUCGUGCAAUUCCAAUUCCAUAAAGCACUUUGCAUAGAAGCAAAACAAUACGAUCCACAGAAUCCAGACUCGAAACCAUUGCAUCAAUGUGAUAUUUAUAAUAAUAAAGCCGCAGGAAACCUGUUAAAAUCUAUGUUAGAACUCGGUUCCUCUAAACCUUGGCCAGAUGCAAUGGAAAAGAUCACAGGUCAAAGAAAUAUGGAUUCUGCUGGUUUGUUGGAAUACUUUAAGCCGCUAACCGAUUGGCUCACAGAGGAGAACAAAAAAACUGAUGAAUACAUUGGAUGGAAAUCUAGAGCAAAACAAUGUGUACAAACUAGAUCAGAACUUGCAGUUGUUGAAACGACUGAAACAACUGAAGCUAUUAAGUAGAAAUAAUUUUGUUUGAAAGUUUCUACUCGAAAGAAAAAUAUGUGUAAAAUUCAUUACGCGCGGAACAUAUCAAGGAAAUUCAUUUUAUACACAAUUAACGAGUCAAAUUUAUAAGUGACACGAAUUCAAUGUGAAAUAAGCACAUUUUGAAAUACUGCAUUAUUUUUUAAAUAAAAUUCACAUUCCACUGA